AUGGUCGAUUCAGAGAAAAUCGAGUCCAAUGGCCUGAAAGAGCCGGAAAGAGCACGCGUCGCGGUCCCGACGUCCAGAUAUAACACCCGACUAUCAACGGUAGAGCCGCAGCAGAGUCCUGCCGUGUUAGGCCAAGGCUACGGGAUCAACCCCCUGGAUCAGCCGCUCCAACCUCCUCGGCGCAUUCAUUCCCAUCGCUCUCUCCGGCGCGCCCAGUCGGCGGUUUCGGUACACUCUACAGCUUAUGGUCGGACAAACUCAGACGCGGCCCACUUGCCCGGCUCGCAAGAAGAAGUUGGUCAAGGCUACGCUGAGGGUGACGAUGGCAGUGUCGGAGAAGAACUUGCUUGGGGCCCGUCGCAUCCAUGUUUCCCACACCUCAAUCCUCACGUACCCGUCAACUCGCCAGAAUAUUCCGCCACCCGGAUCAUUCGAGUACGAAGAGACUGGAUGGUUGCAGGUGACCUCGCCGCGACAUUUUCCAACAUCUACCCGGAAAUCCUCGACCCCUUGAUGCAGGAACAAGAGUUUCGCUAUCUCGUCGAACACAUCAAUCAGACUCUGGUCCAAGCCUACAACCCUUUCUCGGCCUGGAAUUGGUUGGAUGGCUUCAUGGGCUUGAUCACCGGUUGGUUCUGGGAAGAUUUCCGGCCCAUGGGGAUCAAGGGACAGCUGAGGGGACUGGAGCAGUGGCUGGAGGAUUGGAACCAUACUGUGGGGGCCAGGGAUGGGGUGAAGAUCAUUCCGCUUCGUCGCACUGGCUACAUGAAUCUCGACAUUCAGAUUCCGGAUCCACAAGUGAGAGUGGUCGGAGACGAUGAAACUUCCUCACGCCCUCCUCCAACGGCACCUCCUGAAGAGGCGAAUAGACAUGAGAGGCCUCGUCAAUAG